AUGGACACAGAACAGAGCAAGGAGUCCGGACAAGAAGAGUCCAAUGACUUGAGCAAUCAACUCGCUGAGAGCGCAACCAGUACAGAAGGGCGAGUCAGUACUUACCCGAGUACAGGUUUCUCAAGGAAACGGGCCAUAGCUGAGGACGAUGGUGGUAUAUCAAAGAAGGCAAAGAUGGUCAAGGAAAAUCGAGAUGAGGAGACAGAUUCCGAAGCAGAAUCCGUGGACAGCGAUCUGUUUGAGUUAGACAAAUAUGAGCACGCUAUUGACGCAUAUCCUUCCAUAGAGGACAUUGAGAGUGCUUCUGACGAGCCCUGGGUUCGCACAGAACGAGGAUCUUGGCGAUACAUUCAGCACGUCCAUGGAUUGACCAAUGGCGACCUCACAUUCGAGAACUUACUCCGAGUUAGCAAGGAUCGGCCUGGAGAAGCAGUGUUGAAGGUUGGUGAUAAGCUAGUCAUGCCUGGGUUCAGCAAUGGAUCUUACAUCACUAAAACAGUUGAGAUUGUGGGAGGAUGGGCUCAGCGGCCUCUUCCCGUACCUCAAAACUAG